GAGAAGACACAUCGUUUCGUCGGAUGGACCAUGCUGGGACUUUUCUGGGUCCAGGUUGUCCUAGGCGCAAACGACAGCAAGGUCGCAAAUAUGUCUUUGGGCGCCGCAUGCAUCCGUACACCUGGAUUCUGGAUGCUGGCAGUCGCCACGAUGAGCAUCGCCUCCUCAUGGUUGUUCCUCAAGAAAGUUCCUGUCGAAGCUGAGGUGCUUUCCGACCACGCAGUUAGACUGCACUUUGACUACACAGUCCCCGUCAACGGUAGCUUUGUCAGGCUCUCCCAAAGGCCUCUUCUGGAGUGGCACUCGUUCGCCACGAUUCCGGCCCCUGAGAAGGUCGAACACCGCGAGAAGGGUUUCUCUCUGGUUGUUUCCAACGCAGGCGAUUGGACCAAAAACUGCAUUCAGAAACCCCCCACUCACAUUUGGGUUCGCGGUGUACCGACCUGUGGUGUCAUGCGCAUUGCGACUUGCUUCAACCGCGUUGUUGUCAUCGCCACUGGAUCUGGCAUUGGGCCUCUUCUCGGUCACAUUCAGCAGCCGAGCUGCGCGACACAGUUGAUCUGGUCCACACCAAAGCCCGAACAGACGUUUGGCAAGCCUUUGCUCGACGCCAUCAAGAGAAAGAUCCCCAACGCAGUGAUUCACGACACCAAGGUAUCAGGCCGUCCGGAUCUAGUGAAGAUGGGAUACAACCUUUUCCAAAGCUUCAAUGCCGAAGCUGUCAUCAUCAUUGCGAACGAAAAGAUCACGAAGAAGGUUGUUUAUGGUCUUGAAACUAGAGGUGUUCCGGCAUAUGGCGCUAUCUGGGACUCUUGA